AUGUGUGCCCGGGUGUGUGCCCGGGCGUGUGCCCCGGUGUGUGCCCGGGUGUGUGCCCCGGUGUGUGCCCCGGUGUGUGCCCCGGUGUGUGCCCUGGUGUGUGCCCUGGUGUGUGCCCCGGUGUGUGCCCCGAUGUGUGCCCGGGCGUGUGCCCCGGUGUGUGCCCUGGUGUGUGCCCCGGUGUGUGCCCCGGUGUGUGCCCCGGUGUGUGCCCUGGUGUGUGCCCCGGUGUGUGCCCCGGUGUGUGCCCCGAUGUGUGCCCGGGUGUGUGCCCGGGUGUGUGCCCUGGUGUGUGCCCCGGUGUGUGCCCCGGUGUGUGCCCGGGCGUGUGCCCUGGUGUGUGCCCAGGUGUGUGCCCGGGUGUGUGCCCUGGUGUGUGCCCCGGUGUGUGCCCUGGUGUGUGCCCUGGUGUGUGCCCCGGUGUGUGCCCACGUGUGUGCCCGGGUGUGUGCCCUGGUGUGUGCCCCGGUGUGUGCCCUGGUGUGUGCCCUGGUGUGUGCCCUGGUGUGUGCCCGGGCGUGUGCCCCGGUGUGUGCCCUGGUGUGUGCCCUGGUGUGUGCCCAGGCGUGUGCCCUGGUGUGUGCCCUGGUGUGUGCCCCGGUGUGUGCCCGGGUGUGUGCCCUGGUGUGUGCCCCGGUGUGUGCCCGGGCGUGUGCCCCGGUGUGUGCCCUGGUGUGUGCCCCGGUGUGUGCCCGGGUGUGUGCCCCGGUGUGUGCCCCGGUGUGUGCCCCGGUGUGUGCCCAGGCGUGUGCCCGGGUGUGUGCCCCGGCUGCACAGGCCGCAGGCAGCAGCAGCAGCGCUGGGCUGCACCAAGCUGCAGCUCCCCGAUGCCUGCAGGAACGCAAGCUUGGCUAA